AAAUUUUAAAUUUUAAGAAAUAAGGAAUCAAUUUAAGCCCAAAAUUUUUAUCCAAAUAAAAAGUAAAAUUGUAUUUCGCAUUAAAAUUUACAAAAGUUUCUUUUUUACAUUUUUUUUUGUUUACAAAAAAAAUUUUUUUGCAAAAUGUCAUACGAAAUCAAAUCGACGCCCCAUUUUCGACGCAUGCUGACAAAGAGUAAGAAAAAUGGAGAAUAUGAAAAACUUAGGGAAGAAUAUGAACGCAUUAUGGAAUUCGAUGAGAAGGCCGUAGAGAGAAGACUACGCCAAGUUCGCUUACAAAGACUUUUCAAGGAAAUUGAAGACAUUCGAGUGGCAGAUGAGAAAAGAAAAUGUCAAGAAGCACAAGAAAAGCAGGCCAAAAAGAAACUCAUAACCAAUUUAAUACGUGCCAAAGAAGUGGGUCAAUACUAUUCAAGACUUAAUGGCUUAGGUGAGAAUGCCUUAAGGUCUAGGGAACCUUUUCCAACAUCGCAUGGGCGAGUUGAUAUACUCAACAAGCAGGAAUGGAGAAAGCAGCAACGCGAAAGACAUGAACAUCUUAAGGCCCAAGUUAACAGGCGCAACAAUUAUGGCAACGAAAUUUCCAAUUGGAAUAUGCAAAACAUGUUAAUGGGAAAAUUGAGCAACCAGUUGAAGGAGGGUAUCAACCAGAAAGCGUUCAAAAGGGAAGUGAACUCCUGCCGAUCUAGGCAUAGCAGAGAUUUGCAAAGUUCCAGUGAGUCCUCAUUCGAUGGAAAAGCGAGAUUAUUGCAAAGGAUUAAUUAUGGCAAUGCUAUAUCCCAUAUGAAUAUCCAGCAGAAAAUGUUGAAGCAAAGGAGGAAAAGUGAUGCAGGGCCCAAUAAUGAAAAAGAAAUGCAGCCCUUAAAUCUCGAAACUAAUAAAAUUUCGGCAAGAGGGCAAACGUUUAUUGAUUCUCUAUCAAUGGAUAGGCAGUCACAUCAGGACCCCAUGGAUCAGCAGAAUUUUAUGGCGUCAAACAAUGCAUUCCUUCAAUCCUCAGGCCAUGUUGAGGCUUUGAAACAAAACUUGUCUGCACAAAAGCAAUGGCGAAAACUAAAGAUUUUAAUAAAAUUUUGUUUUAUAAAAACAAAAUAUCCUCAUAACCCAAUGGGCCUUGAACCAAGUCCAAGUACAUCCAAGGCAAUUCAAAUGGUUAUUGACGAGAAAGACAUGAUGGAUAAUAUUUCUAAGAGUAAUUCCUUUGAAGACUUGUCUGCACAUACCCUUGAUUUAGAUCAGUCACCCAGUCUUGAAACUCUUUGCAAUCAUCCAUGGGAUGAUGUAAAAGAAAAUGAUAUGGUGGAAAAUAUUUCUCGCAGUAAAAAUUCCACCGAAGACUUGCCUUCCCAUACCCUUGGCUUAAGUCAGGCAGCCAGCCCACCGCUUUUGGACCAACCUCUAUUAAUGCAGAAUGAUUUCGGAACAUUAAUCAAGGAACAGAAAAUCAACAAACUACAGCAGCAUUCGAUGAAUAUUCAUGCAUUAUGUCAAAUUUUCGAACAUAAAAAUUAUUAAUUUUUAAAUUUUUUU